AUGGCUCUUCGAGCUUUGUUUUCAACCUUCCUCGUUACUGCACCUCCACGCAUGUCUCUUCCUUUUAGAAGCACACCUUCUGAUACUUUUUCUAUUAAACCAGUUCAAUGUGUUAUGAACAAGACCAACCCUAAAACAACUAACUUAGAUCAAGGAAGCAAAAUAUGUAAAGCAGGUGGAUUAAAGUAUCAAUUUCAGGAAGAUCUAAAGCAAGCUGUUGAUGUUAUUUAUAAUGACAGCGCUGAUGCAUGGUUGAGUGAUGAUCUCUACUCAACAGCUCUAAAAUUCAGGAUUUUUCGGGAUUAUGGAUACACGGUGGAGCAAGAUGUAUUUCAGAAGUUCAGAGAUAGCACGGCACGUAACUUCAAGGCAAAUCUGUGUGAGGAUGUGAAGGGUUUGCUCAGCUUGUAUGAAGCCUCUUUCUUUGGUUUCCAAGGUGAAGAUAUCAUCGAUCAAGCCAAGGCCUUUUCAACAACACACUUAAAUAGUGCUUUAAAGGGGAAAGUUUCCCCGGAAAUGGCAGGAAAAGUGAACCAUGCCUUAGAUAUGCCAGUGCACUGGAAAUUACCAAGGGUUGAGGCUAGAUGGUACAUCGAUACGUAUGAGCAAGAACAUAAUAUGAACCAGGAUUUGCUGAAGUUGGCCAAGUUGGAUUACAACAUCAUCCAAUCAGUUCAUCAAAAAGAAGUCAGCAAACUAGCAAGUUGGUGGAUGGACAUGGGUUUGGACAAGAUGGCAUUUGCUAGGGACAGGUUAGUAGAACAUUAUUUCUGGUGCAAUGGAAUGGCUCCGGAUCCCCAAUACAGUGCUUACCGAGACAUGGGAACCAAAAUACUUUGCUUGAUAACAACCAUUGAUGAUGUUUACGACAUAUAUGGCUCUUUAGAAGAGCUGGAGCUCUUUACAGAUUAUGUUACCAGAUGGGAUAUUACUGAAAUUGACAAGCUCCCAAAGAACAUAAAGACUGUUCUUCUUGCAAUGUUUAACACCACCAAUGAAAUAGGAUACUGGACACUGAAAGAGCGAAACUUUAACAUCAUUCCUUAUAUGAGAAAACAAGUCAGUCAUUUAUCACGUUUAGCUUUUAAUGGGUGUAUUUCUGUGAAGCUAUUCUUAAAGAAGCAAAAGUGGUAUAACUCAGCAUACAAGCCCAAAACCGACGAAUAUAUUCAAAAUGCCCCAGUUUCAAUUGGGGCUCCGGUGGCAUUAUUCUGUGCUUACUUCCUAACUGCAGAGAAGAUAACUGUGGAGGCAUUGGAUUACAUUGACAAGCUUCCAAGUAUCAUAUGGUGCCCUUCUCUUGUUGUGAGACUUACGAACGAUUUAGGAACAUCAUCUGAUGAGAUGGAACGAGGAGAUAAUAUGAAGGCGAUCCAGUGUUACAUGAAUGACACUGGAUCAAGUGAAGAAGUGGCUAGAAACUAUGUCGAACAUUUAGUACAUGAGACGUGGAAGAUUCUCAAUAAAGAUUUGCUAGGAAGCUAUCCUUUCGGUGAACCAUUUAUCACAGCCAAUGCAAAUCUUGCCCGAACCACUCAAACCUUUUAUCAGUACGGAGAUGGACAUGGCAAACCACAACACUGGACCAAGGAUCAUUUAAAAUCGUUGUUGGUCGAACCCUUCACUCUUAGCCAGUGA